AUGACAUUGCAGGGUCGCGUCAUGGCGUCAUCGUCCGCGCAAAUACAAAUGUUUGUCGGGCACGCUGCUAUAGCAGCGGUAAGACCUCUCUUCAAGGAGUGGCUCGAGUCCGCUCUUAGUCGAGCGAGAGCGGCGUGUGUGCUGGCGGCGGCACUGGUGUCUGCGCAGAUCACGUUCAGCCGCGACUGGACGGGGGGCAAGCGGGCUGCGCCUCAACUGGCCCUCGACUGCGGACAGUUCACCAGGCUGUGUCGUCACUUCGUACACGAGCUGAAGCAAGCGCUCACGUCGGAGAUGGCCAGCAAACGCCAGGAACUGGACAAGCCACCGCUUUACGACGAAGAGUAG